GCCCGGCGGGAACUGACCUGGGCCUCGCGGCCAUCGCGGCACUCUGAGCCGGCCCCGAGUCCCUGGCGUCCCCUGCGGCGCGCUCCGGGAGGCACUUCCUCAGGCGGAAGUCGAGCUGCGGCCCCGGCCCCGCGGGGAUCUGCUCGGAGGAAUGGCGUCGCCGGGUUCAAGCACUGUCUUCCUGUUGGCCCUGACAAUCCUCGCCAGCACCCAGGCGCUGAUGCUCAGUCACUACCUCACCCAGCAUGACGUGGAGAGACUGAAAGCCUCGCUGGACCGCCCGUUCCAGAGCCUGGAGUCCGCCUUCUACUCUAUCGUGGGGCUCAGCAGCCUGGGGGCCCGGGUGCCAGAUGCAAAGAAAGCAUGCAGCUUCAUUAAGUCGAACCUGGAUCCCAGCAACGUGGAUUCCCUGUUCUACGCGGCCCAGUCCAGCCGGGCCCUCCCGGGCUGUGAGAUCUCCAUUUCCAACGAGACCAAAGACCUGCUCCUGGCGACGGUCAGCGAGGACUCCCCCGUCUCCCAGAUCUACCACGCGGUGGCCGCCCUCAGUGGCUUCGGCCUCCCCCUGGCUUCCCAGGAGGCCCUCGGCGCCCUCACCGCCCGCCUGGGCAAGGAGGAGACUGUGCUCGCAACGGUCCAGGCUCUGCAGACUGCCUCGCACCUGUCUCAGCAGGCUGAUCUCAGAAGCAUCGUGGAAGAGAUUGAGGACCUGGUGGCUCGCCUAGAUGAACUGGGCGGCGUGUAUCUGCAGUUCGAAGAAGGACUGGAGACGACGGCAUUAUUUGUGGCCGCCACCUACAAGCUCAUGGACCACGUGGGGAGAGAGCCGUCCAUUAAAGAGGAUCAGGUGGUCCAGCUCAUGAAUACCAUCUUCAGCAAGAAGAACUUUGAGUCCCUCUCGGAAGCCUUCAGCGUGGCCUGUGCCGCCGCCGCGCUCACCCAGAACCGUUACCACGUGCCCGUGGUGGUGGUGCCCGAGGGCCCGGCCUCCUACACACAGGACCAGGCCCUGCUGCGGUUGCAGGUCACCAAUGUCCUAUCCCAGCCUCUGACUCAGGCCACGGUUCAGCUGGAGCACGCAAAGUCUGUGGCCUCCAGAGCCACGGUCCUUCAGAAGACGCCCUUCCGUCCCGCCGGGGAUGUUUUUGAACUCAACUUCGUGAAUGCCAAGUUCUCCAGUGGUUACUAUGACUUCUCUGUCAAAGUGGAAGGUGACAGCCGUUACAUUGCAAAUACCGUAGAGCUCAGAAUCAAGAUCUCGACUGAAGUUGGCAUCACAAAUGUUGAUCUCUCCACUGUGGACAAGGACCAGAGCAUUGCACCCAAAACGACGAGAGUGACCUACCCAGCCAAGGCCAAGGGCACGUUCAUCGCAGACAGCCACCAGAACUUCGCCUUGUUCUUCCAGCUGGUAGACGUGAACACGGGCACCGAGCUCACUCCUCACCAGACAUUCGUCCGGCUCCAUAACCAGAAGACUGGCCAGGAAGUGGUGUUCGUGGCUGAGCCCGACAGCAAGAACGUGUACAAGUUUGAGCUGGACACCUCGGAGAGAAAGCUGGAGUUUGACUCUGCGUCCGGCACCUACACUCUCUACCUGAUUAUUGGCGAUGCCACGUUGAAGAACCCGAUCCUGUGGAAUGUGGCCGAUGUGGUCAUCAAGUUCCCCGAGGAGGAUGCUCCGUCGACCGUCCUGUCCAAGAACCUUUUCACCCCCAAACAGGAAAUUCAGCACCUGUUCCGAGAGCCGGAGAAGAGGCCCCCCACGGUGGUGUCCAACACCUUCACCGCCCUCAUCCUCUCGCCCUUGCUGCUGCUCUUUGCUCUGUGGAUCCGGAUCGGUGCCAACAUCUCCAACUUCAGUUUUGCUCCUAGCACGAUUAUCUUUCACCUGGGACAUGCUGCUAUGCUGGGGCUCAUGUAUGUCUACUGGACUCAGCUCAACAUGUUCCAGACGCUAAAGUACCUGGCCAUCCUGGGCAGCGUGACGUUCCUGGCCGGGAACCGGAUGCUGGCCCAGCAGGCAGUGAAGAGGAUCGCUGCAGAGCAGAGCAGUAGAUUGGCAAAAUAUAGGACACUACGAACAGCGCAUUAGUUCCAAAAGGAGGAGGAAAUCCUAGACGCUAAAAUGAGUAUCAAGAAAAGAAGUCAAGAGCAGUCCAGUCUGAAGAGAGAAAUUGGGCGGAGGGCGGGAAAGAACUACGUAGGGGCAAGUCCACAUUGUAAUUAUCCUGCGUUUGGCCGUUAUUUGUGUUUCCCCGGCACAGAGGAGAUACCCCUGGGCCCAGGUCGUCUGUCUCUGGCCUGGUGCCCUGGCAGGAUGCUGUGAAUCUUCCCAACUUACCCAAGAUGUGGCUUUUGAAAAACUGAAACUUGGGCUCAGGCUGUUGGGAAUAAAGAGAAUUGAGGAUCUGGA